AUGGCGUUCAACUCUUUGAAGGCGCUUCCGCGCCUGCCGGGUGGUCACGCGAGCUUCUCCAAAUCCCUGUUUCUAUCCUACAUCCUUGACUGGAUCUUGAUUGUCGGCAUAGCUCUCAUCGGAUAUGGAUUCCACAAGGUGGAACCGAACCAUAGACCCUUCUCCCUUACCGACGCAUCCAUCUCCUUCCCCCACAGGAAAGAUGAGACUGUGCGCAGCAGCGUUAUGGUCGUGGUUGGCCUUAUCGCUCCUGCUGUGAUUAUUGCGCUCGCAUCGCUACUCUUCACGCCAGGCACUUCCAUCGACCGCUCCGCGUCUACGGUUCUGAUUUGGCGCCGCAAACUAUGGGAAUGGAAUGCGGGAUGGCUCGGGUUGAGUCUGGCUUGCGCUGGCGUGUGGAUGGCUACGGAGGGUUUAAAGGAUCUAUAUGGUCAACCCCGGCCGGAUAUGCUUUCGCGCUGUGACCCGGAUCUCUCGGAUAUUGCUCGGUAUGCAGUUGGUGGCCUCGGACAGAGACUAGAGGGGGCUCCGACGCUGGUUAGCUGGGAGAUAUGUCGGAACAAGGCAGACAUGCUGAAAUAUGAUGGGUUCGCGAGCUUCCCGAGCGGGCAUGCAUCAUUCUCCUUCGCCGGCUUGACGUAUCUCUCUCUUUGGCUAUGCUCUAAAUUCUCAAUCAAGUUCCCACAUCUCCCCCACUCACCCUUCAGCCAGGAUCUGCGUGCUCAGAGCCGUCUCUCAAUCCGCAACCAGGGCGCUGCGCCCCCUAUCUACCUGGUCAUCUUUGCGUUUGUACCAUGGGCUGUGGCGUUUUUCAUUGCUGCGUCGCGCUGGUUCGACUAUCGUCACCAUGCAUUCGAUAUUAUCAUCGGCUCUCUCAUGGGCAUCGUGUUCGGCUGGGUUGGAUUCAGACUGUAUAGUCCACCUAUCACUCGUGGAUCUGGCUGGUCCUGGGGAGCCAGGAGUCGCGAUCAUGCGUUCUUCAAGGCUGUUGGAGUCCCGAGUAACAUUGGCGAUGACAACUGGGCGAGCCCGAAGGUUGCGCAAGCCCCGGAAAUGGCGGAGAAUGGAAACGUUGACCUGGAGAGUGGGAGACGGAACCUGGCCGACUGA